GCCUUGGUGGAGGCGGGCGGGCGGGUGGAGGUGGAGCCUGCGAGCCGCGCUCUUCGAGCGGCUCGCAGGCUGCCUCGGGCUGCCUGCGGCCUGGUGCUCGCGACGGUCAUCGCCAUCUUGGGGGAGACUGCCGGUUGCAGCUUGUGCGGAGGCUGCUGCCUCGCGGGCCUGGGGGCUUGCUGGUGGGGCACCUCCUGCCUCGCCCGUGUGCGCGGCGCGCUCGGCGUGCCACCGCCAGCGGCCGCGCGGGCGCAUCCUCGGACCCUGGCGUACGG